GAAACUCGAAAGUCUCACAGAGAGGCGGUUCGCGGUACGAUUCAGAAAGGUUUUCGCUAUGGCGUGUAUAGGGUCGAGUCGGCUCUGUGCCCGGGUCGAAAAAUUGUGCCAGUCAGGACAUUUGGUCCAGUCGUUAAGGAAAAAAUUUGCAACAUCGAGUGUUAAUAAGUUUCGUCCAAUUGUGCAGCGAAAUGACGUCAAUAAUUUCGUGCAACACUGCAAGAACGAUGCAGAGGCCAGAGAUCGUAGAAUUUGUUCGAACCGCACAAUGAGCUCGAUGCAAACCCAACAGCCGGGAUCCUUGCCCGAUUACCAGGUCAACCCUUACCAGCUUCUCGACGACGACCUCAAGGACGUCUACGACAACAUAAGACAAGAACUCGUGACGAAUACAACGCAGAAAGAACUCCAGAAGAUAGCGACGUACUACUUCGACGGUCAGGGAAAGGCGCUACGUCCAAUGGUAGCGAUUUUGAUGGCUCGGGCCAUCAAUUACCACAAGGAAAGAAACGAUCUCUUGGCAUCGCAGCGUCAAGUGGCGAUGAUCUCCGAGAUGAUUCACAGCGCAUCCCUCAUACACGACGACGUUAUCGACCAAUCAGAAUUCAGGCGGGGUAAACCUUCCGUGAACGUGGUCUGGAGUCACAAAAAGGUUGCCAUGACCGGUGAUUUCAUCCUCGCAGUGGCUUCGAUGAUGAUAGCUCGGCUCAAAAACGACGAUGUCACUCUUGUUCUCAGUCAGGUAAUCACGGACUUGGUUCAAGGUGAAUUCAUGCAACUCGGCGCAAAAGAAACAGAAAACGAAAGAUUCGCUCACUACCUCACUAAAACUUACAGAAAGACCGCGAGUCUUAUAGCCAAUUCGGUCAAAGCGGUGGCGAUGCUUGGGGGCGCCGACGAACGAUUGGCCGACGUAGCUUUCCAGUAUGGCAAGAAUAUUGGCCUUGCUUUCCAGCUCGUUGAUGAUCUUCUAGAUUUUGUUUCGACUUCUGAUGAAAUGGGAAAACCUGCAGCUGCCGAUCUUAAACUUGGUCUCGCAACGGCACCAGUUUUAUUCGCUUGCGAACGGUACCCAGAAUUGAACCCAAUGAUAAUGCGUCGCUUCCAGGAGCCAGGAGACGUUGAUAAAGCGUAUGAGCUCGUGCGCGAGUCGCAGGGUCUUGAACAGACGCGAUUUCUUGCGAGAAAGCAUUGCCUCGAGGCAGUUCGUUUGGCUCAGUCCCUCGCGGAGAGUCCCUACCAAAAAGGUCUCGUGGUCGUUACUGAUUUGGUAAUCGAUCGCAUGAAGUAGCAUGUUAUUAUGGGAAAACAACAACUAAAAAAAAAAGCUAAGAAACAAUUCAACAGUGGAAAAAAAAUCGACCCAAAAAUGAAGAGAAUCAAGAACUUUGCGAGAAUCGUCGUGGAGACGAUUGCUCCAAAAAAAAAAUGAUUAGUGUUGAUGUUAUAUAAAAAGACAAAGAGCUGGAGACGUAGGGAACGUCACACGGAUUCGAAUAGUGAGAUCAAUGGGAUUUCAAAACUCGGGAAUAUUCGUCGUCGUCGUCGUCGUCGUCGUCGUUUACGAGAGAUAAAACCUGAGUGCUUAAAAUAAAAGGGUCCGUUAGAAGAUUUGAAAAUAAGCGAAAUACUGAAGAUGCAUGAAUGAUGACACGUGCGAAUGAGCCUAUGUACGUUCUUAGAUGUGCUGGGAUGUGUGAAAUGUCAGCCCUCUUUUCAAGAGAAUUAGACAAUUUGUUUUUUGUGCUGCAUAGUGCCGGCUGUUGCUCAGGUAAACAAACGAUUGUGAACACCUUUUAUUUAACUUUCUUCAAAAGUGGGAAUUAACGUUUGCAUUGUAAAGAAAGUGACCAAGAACAACGGCCGAGGAGCAUAACGAAUGUGUACAGAGCGAUAGAAAGAGAGAAAAUGUCCGAUCGUCAGAAAGCGGGUAUUUUUGUAAAAUUAUCAAGCGCCAGGAUUAUGUAAAAACGGGUACGCUCGUUCUGUUAAUUUUUUAACGCUUAUAGUGGCGUCAGAGCUAAUUUUUCUGUAGUAUUUCGUCGAUUGUAUUGCGAUGACAAUUAUAUGCGAGGUUUUAAAUACUCUGUUAGAGGAAUUUGUAUAAAAAGCAAGCUCUUGGAAAUGGAAUUUGAAGAUUUUGCUGUAAAUACCUGAAAAUUUAUAUUUUAGGGUGUAUUUUAUCUCGCAAUUAUUCAUUAACGGUUUAUUCAUUUUCUCAAAUCGUAUACCAAUUAUACGUACUCAUAAAAAACCAAGAGGUUCGUUUAGCUCGGACGUUUGGUGAAACCAUUGGUGAAAAAAAUCCGUUAAUUCCCUCGAAACUGGUGGAGGGCACAGUCGAUUUUCGAUUCUUGUCCCCCGAUCCAUAAAUAUGAAAAUUCGAAAAACUUGAUUAUUCUUCGUCAACAGCCCGAAUUCGGCACAAGAGCAUGGAAGUUGAAUAUUUAAAGAUUUCCAAACAUUAGCGAAAAAUUCGAUUUACUCUAAAUUACUUCAAAACGAUUUUACUUUGAGCGAGGGCAUGAAACCCUCUCCGAUAAAAGUCGACAUCGUAAUCUCAUAAUAACAAUUUUUCAAAUAGCAAUUGCAAAACUAAAUGUGCAAUAAUUCUAGUAAAUUAACAGAACUUAAUCAUCGUUUAAUUAUUUUGACGAUCGAGUGCAUGACAUGCAUCUGGUUUUGCCUUUUUUCCUAUCUUUUACUCAAUUUUUUUUUUUUUUUUUUUUGUAUAAAUCGUAAAUACCGCAUCGAUGUGUAGCAGACACAAGGGAAAGAGUUGCUCGUUUCGAAACUGUUGGACGAAAAUAAUUCAUCGAUUUAUCCAUAACCGAUCCAUAUAUGCAUAUAUAGAUCGUUACUUAAUCACCACAAAUGUAAAUAAAAAAAAUAACAUUUAAGAAUAAUUAUACAUAUACGAUAUAAGAUUCAGCCUCUUCAAUUUUACAACUCCGCGAGAAAGAUAUCAGUGAAUGCAGCUUGUCGCUAUGACGUUAAGCUAUCGAGAAAUUAACGCAAAUUAAUAAACCUCUAACUAAAUUAAGUAUAUUGAUAAAAAAAACCAAUAAUAAUUCAUGCACAAUUGGUGAAACGGAGGAAAAUAAAAAAACAUAAAAACAAAAACGAAAAAAAAUGCAGUAUAGUUCGAAAACAUAAAUGCUCAUAUUGACAAUUUCUUUGAAUUAUUAAUUUUUAAUUCAACAAGGCUUGACACUUUGAAACAAAUUGUGCAUUAGUUUUUUUAUUUAUUGAGAAGAAGAAUUAUGUAGAGUAACUUCCCGGUUGAAAAAUCAAAACCCUACUGUACAUUGUGCAAAAACAUAAUUUUUAUUCGUAAAAUAAAAUUAGUUAUUCGAAAUAAUAUUAGAAAUGAAAACUUUUAUUGCACCUUAGAAAUAAUAAUCUGCACUAAUUUUGGCGAAAAAUUUCGAAUUAAUAUUCAUUUGGAUUAUGAGUCCUUUGGCCACGUUGCUCACAAUCGACAGCUUUUUUGUAUCCACCAGUAAUUUAUUUUUCCUGUUUUUCCACUCUUCUUAAAUAACGAUUAAAUAACGAUAAAUAUCCAUAACGUCCGUUCGUACAAUUUACGAAAUGUAUAUGAUCUGCCAAAGAGGGUUCAUAACUCCGUGCAAACGAAAAACAUCCGCCGCGGUUUGUUAUUUUUGCGUAACUUUCCAUUGGGUUUAUGAAUUUUAUUAUGUUUGCUUCCACUACGAUAUAUAGUUACGAUUUGACAGCGGUAUAGAAUUUUGAAGAAAUUAUAAUGUUAACACAAAUAAUCACUAAAUCCUGGGAUACAGUAUUUUUGAUGAAUUUUUUAUCUUCGUUCCGAUGCGCCCGGCGUUGAACCAUUAAUUUACUGCUCUUUGCUGUAUACAGACGUACUGCUCAAAAUGUUCAUUGUUACAUGAAUGAACAAAUAAAUAAUAAUAUACAUAGAUAAAUAUGCGUAUGCGUGUGAGCGUGCACGUGCAUACAAUAUUAUAGUAAAUUGAUGUAAUAACUUAUAUUCAUGACACAAAUUAAUGUAUAUAAAUAUAAAUAUAUAUUUAUAUAUAUAUAUAUAUAUGCAUACAUAUAUAUAAAUAUUAUGUUUUCAUUGUCUAAUAAAUCGUUGUUUAUUUUUUA